AUGGAGAGCAAGGGGUCAUCAUGCAAAGGUACGUGGUCACUCCUGCUGCUGCUGGUGUCAAACAUGCUUUUGUGCAAGAAUGUGGCCUCCGUGCCCGUCUGUCUCAACGGGGCUGUCAGCUGUGAGAAGUAUAUCAAAGACCUGUUUGACCACGCUGUCAUGCAAUCUCACUAUUACCAUGUCCUCUCUACAGAAAUGUUCAAAGAGUUUGAUAGACGAUAUACUCAGGGCCGAGAGUUGUUUACCAACACCUUCAACGGCUGCCACACUUCUUCCCUCCCGACUCCAGAAGACAAGGAGCAAGCUCAACAGACCCAUUCCGAAGACCUUCUGAACUUGAUACACAGCAUAUUGCUCUCCUGGAAUGACCCUCUGUACCACCUAGUGUCAGAGGUACGGGGGCUGCAAGAAGCCCCAGAUGCAAUCCUAUCAAGGGCCAUAGAGAUUGAGGAUCAAAAUAGAAGACUCAUAGAGGGCAUGGAAAAGAUAACCAGCCAGGUUCAUCCUGGAGCCAAAGAAAAUCAUAUCUACUCUGUCUGGUCUGGACUUCCAUCCCUGCAGAUGGCUGAUGAAGAGGCCCGCCUUUCUGCUUUCUAUAACCUGCUCCGUUGCCUGCGCAGGGAUUCACAUAAGAUUGACAAUUUCCUCAAGCUCCUGAAGUGCCGAAUCGCCUAUAACAACAACUGCUAA